AUGUUUGGGAAACAAGACAAAAUGGACGUUAGAUGCAAUUCAGAGAUUGAAGCCAACCGGGUCUCCAAGAACGGGCAUAAAGAGGGCAAGGAAAGCAAAGGAUGCGAAGGAAAUAUUUCGACUUCUUUUUUGAAGGAUCAACAAGGGACUUUCCCGUCUUCUGGCGGCUCGGAAGAUUGCAAUAAAAAUAAAUCGAGCUCCGCUGACCCGGAUUAUUGCAGAAGAAUACUAGUCCGAGAUGCCAAAGGUUCAAUAAGAGAGAUCAUUCUCCCGAAAGGACUGGAUCUGGACCGGCCUAAAAGAACCCGUACGUCUUUCACCGCGGAGCAACUUUACAGGCUGGAGAUGGAGUUCCAGAGGUGCCAAUACGUGGUUGGACGCGAAAGGACCGAGCUGGCCAGGCAGCUCAAUCUCUCAGAAACUCAGGUAAAAGUCUGGUUCCAGAACCGACGCACCAAGCAGAAGAAAGACCAAGGCAAAGACUCGGAGCUGAAAUCGGUGGUGUCGGAAACGGCGGCAACUUGCAGCGUCCUGAGGCUGCUGGAGCAAGGGCGGCUCCUCUCUCCGCCGGGCUUGCCAGGCCUCCUUCCGCCUUGCGCCACCAGCGCCUUGGGCUCGGCCUUGCGAGCUCCCAGCCUCGCCAGCGGCACGGGCGGCGGCGGCGGCUCGGGAUCGGGGACGGCGGGCGGCUCCCCUCACCAGGCGGCCGUCAGCACCGCCGCCGGAGCAGCCCACGCCUCCCCUCCCGGGGGGCACAACCUUUUCAGCCUGCCCGUACCCACCCUGCUGGGCUCGAUGGCCAGCCGGCUGUCCUCCAACCCUUUAGCAAUGGCUGGCUCUCUGGCGGGGAACUUGCAAGAACUGUCCGCCAGAUACCUGAGCUCUUCCGCCUUCGAGCCCUACUCCAGGACCGCCAAUAAAGAAGGCGCGGAGAAAAAGGCGCUGGACUGA